ACAUAAUAAAAUAUAAAUGAAUUAGGUAGGAGGUAAAUAAUUUGUCUCUACUAUGACAGUUCACAAACAUGUCAAAGAAAGUAAAAAAUCUUGAUGGAAGAUACUAGAGACGAAGUAUAUGGGUAUUUGCUAAUUAAGGUUUCAAAAUAUCUGAUUUUCUAUGAUGCUGCGGCUGCUUUUGUUCUUCUUCUUGUUCAUGGUGUUGUCCCAUCUCAAACCCCCUCAUUUUCAUGAUCUGUUUGGAACCAGUUUCCGAUCUGCCCCUAAAUUGUUCAAUUCCAAUUUUGCAUUGCAUUCUCACUACUUGUUUCAUUCUACUUGUCUGCUUCUUAACAGUAAAGUAGGUAAAGUAUACGCAAACACCACAACUUGGAUGGCUCAAGCAUUAGAUACAAACAAGGCCCAUAGCAUUCAGGGCCCCCUGAUAGAGGAGGAGUUCACUUUUGUUGCAAAUUCUGUUCCCUUCAAUAGUUGUCACGCUUCUACAAUUGUUGAGGUUGAUAAAGAUCAUUUUUUGGUCGCUUAUUUUGGGGGUACAUCAGAGGGAGCACCUGAUGUGAAAAUUUGGUUACAGACAUACAAGAUACAUAGAAGGAUAAUGACUUCAUAUUUUGUUGUAGAAGAAGCACCCCGCAUUGCAGAAUCAAUGCUUGGUAAUAGCCCUUAUGUAUACAUUUAUUUCUGUGAACUUUUUGGGCAGUAUGGCUAUUGGCAUUUUCCCGUUAUUGUCGAUGAAGAACACAAUGUUCCAAUGUGGAACCCUGUGCUAUUUAAGCUUCCAUCCAAUGAGUUGCUUCUGUUCUAUAAAAUUGGCCAAGAGGUUCAAAAAUGGAGUGGAUGCAUGAAGCGGUCUUAUGAUGGAGGUAUCACUUGGACAGAGAGAGAACAGCUCCCCCCGGGUAUAUUAGGACCCAUAAAAAAUAAGCCUAUCUUGUUGGAAAAUGGGCACUUGCUCUGUGGAUCCUCCGUGGAAAGUUGGAACUCUUGGGGGGCUUGGGUGGAGAUAACUGCAGAUUCAGGUAGGACAUGGAGAAAGCAUGGGCCUAUAUAUAUUGAGAAUGAGUCUCUCAGUGUGAUUCAACCAGUUCCUUACCAGACUGCAAAUAGGACCUUGCGUGUUCUAUUGAGAUCCUUUGAUGGCAUCAAUAGAGUUUGUAUGUCAGAAUCGAAUGAUGGUGGGCAGACCUGGGGUUAUGCAAAACCUACUGAGCUACCCAACCCAAAUUCAGGUAUCGAUGGAGUUAAGCUGAAGGAUGACCGUCUGUUACUUGCGUAUAAUACUAUCUCCAGGGGCAUACUCAAAGUUGCACUCUCAAUGAAUGAUGGAGACUCGUGGCACGAUGUCAUGACACUAGAGGAGACUGCGGGAAUGGAGUUCUCUUACCCUGCUGUUAUCCAAGCUAGUGAUGGACUCGUUCACAUCACUUACACAUAUAACAGGACACAGAUUAAGCAUGUUGUUCUCCAACCAAAUUGAUCCAAAAGAAGGAUGCAAGCGUUGGUUGACCUCUAAAAUAAGGCUGCUUAAUUACAAUCAGAAAAAUGAUGGAUAGGGUCCAUUGAGGACUUGGGUAUUGCAGUGGUUGUAUAAAUUGGAUAUCAGGAAAAUGUAGGGACUAAGGGAGGGUUCAGUUCUUGGGUAAUCAGUAAGGAAUGAUAUAAGGGAGCUGAUCCUCUUUUGCAGAAGUAGCGUCUGAACAUUUGUUGGACAAUAAGGGUUUUGCUUGGUUUGUCACAGUUUUUUUUAUUUUCUAUGGUUCUUUAAAAAUAGUUUUAUGAGUUUUUGAAAAA